CAUAAGCUUGUCCAAAUUCCUGAACUACUACAUCAGACACAACUCAUAAACUGGCUGAAUAUUCGAUGCAAGGCAACUUGCGAACCACGGGUCCGUCUGCCUAUCAGCCGGGAACUUCUGGAUUACAUUCACCCUCUGCGGAGAAGCAGUUUCGAUUUGGAACGACAACCACUAGAAGUGGCUUUGCCACACCCGGAAGCUAUUCGACGUAUUCGACGUGAAAGCGAUCGUGUCGGUUGUUUCACUGCUGUCCGGAUGUCGGCUUGGGCAAAGCUGACACGUUUUGCUCGUCGUUUUGUGCAUUUCAAACAGAUGGACUUCGAGUUUGCAUCGUGGCAGAUGCUAUACUUGCUGAUUCAGCCUCAAAAAGUCUAUCGAAACUUUAUAUACAGAAAGCGUACCAAGGACCAGUUUGCUCGAGACGAUCCCGCGUUCCUUAGUAUUACUAUCUUUGUCUCUUUUCUUUUCUUCGGUCUUCUAUGCCGUUGCCCUCGGUUUGACGACAUGGGGAUUCGUCAAGUUCUUUCUAUGGGUUGUCUUCGUAGACUGCAUCGGUGUUGGAGUGGUUGUCGCAACAGUUCUCUGGUGGUUCUCAAAUCGAUUUCUCCGAAAAGUGCAGGACCAAGAUGUGGAAUGGGGAUAUUGCUUCGAUGUGCAUCUCAACGCUUUCUUCCCUAUGCUAAUCCUUCUGCAUGUUCUUCUUCCCAUAAUUUAUCCAACUCUGCCGAUUUUGCACCGAACGCAGUACUUCCUCUAUCCGAUGACGUUUUUGUUCAUCUCAUGGGUAGCUACGAUAACUGCUGGAUGGAAUAUUUCACGAAGCGCCAUGGGUUUCUAUCACUACAGAGUUCGAUCAGACGAUUGAUUUGA